CCAAUGGAAGGUGUGAAUCAGUCUGUGGUGUCAGAGUUUGUGUUCCUGGGACUCACCAACUCUUGGAAUAUUCAACUGUUCCUUUUUGUGUUUUCCUCCACAUUUUAUAUAGCAAGUAUGUUGGGAAACUCCCUCAUUGUGUUCAUUGUGGCUUCUGACCCUCACUUAAACUCUCCCAUGUACUUUCUGUUGGCUAACCUCUCCUUCAUUGACUUGGGUGUUUCUUCUGUCACUUCCCCCAAGAUGAUUUGUGACCUAUUCAGAAAGCAUAAGGUCAUCUCCUUUAGAGGCUGUAUUACUCAGAUCUUCUUCAUCCAUGUCAUUGGUGGUGUAGAAAUGGUUUUACUCAUAGCCAUGGCCUUUGACAGAUAUGUGGCCAUAUGUAAGCCUCUCCAUUAUCUGACCAUCAUGAGCCCAAAGAUAUGCAUCUUGUUUUCAGUGGCCUCCUGGGUGGUUGGAUUUAUGCAUUCUCUGGUUCAAAUGGCUUUUGUAGUAAACUUACCAUUUUGUGGACCAAAUGUUUUGGACAGCUUCUACUGUGACUUUCCCAGAUUCAUCAAACUUGCUUGCACAGACACAUACAGACUGGAAUUACUGGUAUCAAUCAAUAGUGGAUUCAUGUCUGUGGGCUCCUUCUUCAUUCUGAUCAUUUCCUACAUUGUCAUCGUAUUUACUGUUCAGAAGCAUUCUUCAAAGGGCUCCUCCAAGGCUCUGUCUACGCUUUCAGCUCAUGUGACUGUCGUGGUCUUAUUCUUUGGUCCUGUGAUGUUUUUCUAUACAUGGCCUUCUUCUUACACACACUUGGAUAAGUUUCUGGCUAUAUUUGAUGCGAUUGUCACUCCUUUUUUGAAUCCUAUAAUUUACGCAUUGAGGAAUCAAGAAAUGAAAACGGCAGUGAUGUGA